CCCAUCAAAACCACAACCAACCACCGCACCUGUAACCCCUCUCCAAUCAACCAUCCCACCCAUCCCAUCACAAAAUGCCCCGCGUCCCCACCACCAAAGAAGUUCUCCCCGGAGCCAACGUGAACAUAGUCCUGAAGGCCGAUCAACCCACCGGCCGCACCGUCUCGGGGACCAUCGCCGACGUGCUGACGCGGGGCAACCACCCGCGGGGCAUCAAGGUGCGGCUCACGGAUGGGCGGGUGGGGAGGGUGCAGUCUAUGAGCACGAGCACGGGGGGCCAGUCUUCAGACCCUGCUGCUGCUGCUGAAUUCUCCCGGGGAAGAGCUCCCCGGGACAGGCGGGGGGAGGCAGACGAGCCGCCGCAGAAUAUCGGGCUGGAUGCGUAUAUCACCCAGCCGUCGCGGCAGAAGCGACGGGGUGGGAGGGUGGAGGUUGCUGGUGGAGGGGGGCUGGAUGGUGAUGCGGUGGCAGUUGCGGCGGCAGCACCGACGGUGACUUGUCCGGUUUGUGGGGGUUUUGAGGGGGAUGAGGCUGCUGUUGCGUAUCAUGUUGCUUCGCAUUUUGAUUGAGGGGGUCGUGGUAGCGCUAGAUGGGAUUAGGUAUGGGUAUGGGUGGUGUUGGUGGAGUUUGACUGGAUUGAGCGAGCAGUUCUGUGCCUUUACUGUGCGGGAAGUGGAAGUGUAUGGAUGCGCUCUGCUAUCGCGGGUUAGUGUGUUCUGGCUUCGCCGAAGUUAUUUACGUGUUUGUACGGCAGGCCAGGGAUGCGGUUAGCUGACUGUGGAAUAGACGGGCUCUGCAACACGGCUAGCGGAGACUUGCAGGCAAGAAAAUAAGUAU